AUGUUGCACCGAAUUUUGCGUCCAGUACUCAAGAAUUCCAAGUUUAAAGAAACUGGUUGCAUUACACCAGAAGAGUUUGUAGCUGCAGGUGACUUUUUGGUUUAUAAAUGUCCCACAUGGAAUUGGGAAAAUGGUGAAGUAAGUAAAAGAAGAGACUAUUUACCCGCUGAAAAACAAUUUCUUAUUACACGAAAUGUUCCUUGUUUAAGACGUAUCAAACAAAUGGAAUAUACUGAUGAAGAUGCUGAGACUCAAAUUGAGACUGAAGAUGGAGAAGCUUGGGUUGCGACUCAUAGUGCAACAACAAACAUUGAUGAAAUUUCUCAACAAAUUGAAGGUGAAGAGGACGAGGUCACUAAAAGAAUGAGCAAGUCUACAUUAUCACCAUCAAACAAUACCAGAAAUUCAUCAUAUGAAGAUAGCCCAAGUGAUAAAAUUCUUCAGGUUCGAACAUAUGAUUUAUUCAUCACCUAUGAUAAAUAUUAUCAGACACCACGAAUGUGGUUAUUUGGAUACGACGAGGAACGUCGACAUUUGACAUCAGCACAAAUAUUUGAAGAUAUUUCACAAGAUUAUGCAAAGAAAACAGUUACAAUUGAGACGCAUCCACAUUUAAAUAUGUCGUUGGCUAGUAUUCAUCCAUGUCGUCAUGCACCCGUUAUGAAAAAAAUUAUAGAAAAAAUGAACGAGGAAAGUAUUAAAAAAUUUGAAAUGUUUCAACAACAAUAUGGAAAUGCUACAGGGUCAAAUACGCCUCAAGCAGAACAGGGACAAGUUCGCGUUGAUCAGUAA